AUGGGUAAAGAGAAGGAACACAUUAACGUUGUCGUCAUUGGUCACGUCGACUCUGGUAAAUCCACCACCACUGGACACUUGAUCUACAAGUGCGGUGGUAUCGAUAAGAGAACCAUUGAAAAGUUCGAAAAGGAAGCUCAAGAAAUGGGUAAGGGUUCCUUCAAGUACGCUUGGGUUUUGGAUAAGUUGAAGGCCGAAAGAGAAAGAGGUAUUACCAUUGAUAUUGCCUUGUGGAAAUUCGAAUCCAAGAACUUUGUCUUUACCAUUAUUGAUGCUCCAGGACACAGAGAUUUCAUCAAGAACAUGAUUACUGGUACUUCUCAAGCUGACGUUGCCAUCUUGGUCAUUGACUCUACUACUGGUGGUUUCGAAGCUGGUAUUUCCAAGGACGGUCAAACCAGAGAACAUGCCUUGUUGGCCAAGACUUUGGGUAUUCAACAAUUGAUUGUCUGUAUGAACAAGUUCGAUGAUAAGACUGUCAAUUACAAUCAAGCCAGAUACGAUGAAAUCAAGAAGGAAGUUGCUGACUACUUGAAGAAGUUGGGUUACAAGGUUGAUGAUAUUCCAUUCGUCCCAAUCUCUGGUUGGACUGGUGAUAACAUGAUUGAAAAGUCUGACAAGAUGCCAUGGUACAAGGGAAAGUGUUUGUUGGACACUUUGGAUGACUUGAAGCCACCAGUCAGACCAGUUGAUAAGCCACUCAGAUUGCCACUCCAAGACGUUUACAAGAUUGGUGGUAUUGGUACUGUCCCAGUCGGUAGAGUUGAAACUGGUGUCUUGAGACCAGGGUUGUCCACUACUGAUAUCAAGAGAGGUUAUGUUGCUUCUGAUACCAAGAACGAUCCUGCAAAGGAAACUGCCUCAUUCGAAGCUCAAGUUAUCAUCAUGAACCACCCUGGUGAAAUCAGAAACGGAUAUACUCCAGUUUUGGAUUGUCACACUUCUCACAUUGCUUGUAAAUUCGAAAAGUUGUUGGCUUUGAUCGACAAGAGAACCAACGCAACUGUUGAAGAGAACCCAGAAAAGAUCAAGAGAGGUGAAUCUGCUAUGGUCAAGUGUGUCCCAACCAAGCCAAUGUGUGUUGAAGCUUACACUGAUUAUCCACCUUUGGGAAGAUUCGCUGUCAGAGACAUGAGACAAACUGUUGCUGUCGGUAUCAUCAAGAAGGUUGAGAAGAAGGAAAUUGCUGCUAAGAAGUAA